GCGUCAUCAGGUUCAGGAGGGAGCAACUUGGUGGAGUCUUUUGGUUUUCAGAGUUAGAAGAUUGUUGGUAGAGUACUUCUUUCAUUUGCAGGCACAUAAACACAAGCGGACUGUGCGAUAGACGAAUAAAAAGAUCAUGGGCGGUCGUAGCUCGGCAUUUCUCCGAUGUGGUCCGUCUUCCGAAAACGCGGGUGCCGCUGCUGCAACAAGUUCUUCGGUUGAAGCGUCUGCUCCUUCGUCACCCGUUAUCGCGAUUCUCAGUCCCCAUGGAACAGGAGGACGAUUUUUGCGACAGGAGCUUCUCAAGAAGGACUUCGAGAUUGUGAAAACGGAGCAGUUUGAACCCACGGUAGGGUGGCCCUACGAAGUAACAGAUGUGGUGCGACGCAAAAAUACACAGGGUGGACCAAGAUCAGCUUCACCGCUGUGUGAUAAUACCGGAUUCUUGGACUCCUUCUCUAUCUUGCAUGCCAGAUGCUGUGUCCACGGCAGCGGAACUCGGCCACGGCAGAUGUGGCCACUGCUCAAGACGGUCAUCGAAGCCCACAACGCAGUGGUGGUUAUUGCCCUGUUCGACUGGCGGUGCGGGGUUCCAGGCCCGGGAGACGGCAGCAUGGACGACCCGACGUACUAUGGGCUGAGCUCCGAAAUCCGGAAAAGUAUCGAACGAGGCUUCGCCCCGCCAGAUUCGCCACUUGCUCCACAUUCUGCUUUGAUGCACCGAAGAAGACUGAGGCAGAGAGCGACGGAGGAGUGGAAGCGCUUGGAACUUCUACCCACACCAGAAAGACGACAGCCACCCAUAAGCACAGGACGAGUUGGUGA